AGAGCAUCGCAGAGGAUGCAGAGGAAGAGAGCGACGCAGCAUCCGGCGGUGGCACCACAUUCUCCCUGCAGGACGUUUCACUGCAGCGUUUCACCGCCUUGAGGUUUCGAUGCCGGCUGUAAACUGAGCCUGGAUGCCUGCAGAAAAACCUCCAAGAUCCUCCUCCUCCCCCAUCUGCUCUCCUUCCUGCGAUGCACGGACUGUCAAUGCGACACACUCUCUUCUCUUCCUGCGUCGUUUCUUCCGCACACGCGUUGCAGCCUUCAUGCCUCAUAUUUAGGGUAUGAAAUCUGCACAAUCGCGGCUUUUCGCCACUCCCACAUUGGCUCUGGAGUCGUGAAUAGAUCCGCGGUUUUCUCAUGCUUGUCAGUCUGUCCGGCCUUGUUCGUUUCUGCGUUCAUGUUCGCCGCUCACGCGUCGCCACUGCCGCGCUGCCGCCUCCGCUCCUCCUACUCCUCCUCCCCACAUGGACUAUGAAAUCUAUGUGAAGCGCGCGUCGUCUUCGCGUUUCCACCCUCGUUCUGCCGCUGAUGCGGUGCGCCUGGGUGUUCGCUGUCUCCUUGUCCUGGCCGGUCACUGAACCUCUGGUCCGGGGGGGCUGCUGUCCGCAGAGAGGCAGGAUGGUGCGGAUCGCCAGCGCGCUUGGGCUGGUCAUGUUCAGCGUGGCGCUGCUCAUCCUGUCGCUCAUCAGCUACGUGUCCAUCAAGAAGGACUUUCUGCUCAGCACCCCCAGAUACGGACCUAAUGGAGGACCCAGGAUGUCCAUGUUUCACGCGGGGUUUCGCGAGAGGCCGCCUCGUAAACCUGUCCUGAGCUCCCAGCUGGCAUUGAAGUAUAUGGAUCCAGCUUUCAGUCCUCUGACCAACGCACUGAGCGAGGACCUGCAAAACUCCUCCAGAUGGACCUACAACAGCUCGGCUUUUCUGCAGCUGAAAAGGGACAUCUCUCAGUACAUCGACAUCCCCCACAACUUCUCAUUGAUCAAAGACUCAGUCCGAAUUGGACAACUGAUGCACUACGACUACUCCAGCCACAAGUACGUCUUUUCCAUCGGGGAGAACUUCCGCUCGCUCCUUCCCGAGGUCUCGCCGAUCCUCAACAAGCAGUACAAUGUUUGCGCCGUGGUCGGCAACAGCGGCAUCCUCACCGGCUCGCGCUGCGGCCCCCAGAUCGAGAAGUUUGACUUUGUGUUCCGCUGCAACUUCGCCCCCACCGAGAUGUUCAAGAAGGACGUCGGGCGGCGGACCAACAUGACGACCUUCAACCCGAGUAUCCUGGAGAAAUACUACAACAACUUGCUGACCGUGCAGGACAGGAACAACUUCUUCCUGAGCCUGAAGAAGCUGGACAACGCCAUCCUGUGGAUCCCGGCGUUUUUCUUCCACACGUCGGCCACUGUGACGAGGACGCUGGUGGAUUUCUUCGUGGAACAUCGAGGUCAGCUGAAGGUCAAGUUGGCCUGGCCCGGGAACAUCAUGCAGUAUGUCAACAGUUACUGGAAGACCAAGCAGCUGUCGCCGAAGCGCCUGAGCACCGGCAUUCUGAUGUACACGCUGGCCUCCUCCAUGUGCGACCAGAUCCACCUGUACGGCUUCUGGCCCUUCGGCUGGGACCCCAACACGGGAAAGGAGCUGCCGUACCACUACUACGACAGGAAGGGCACCAAGUUCACCACCAAGUGGCAGGAGUCCCAUCAGCUUCCCGCCGAGUUCAAACUCCUCUACAAGAUGCACAUGGACGGACUGCUGAAGCUCUCCCUCUCCCACUGUGCUUAGGGCUUACAGCUGCGGCAGGUACAGCGCUCCUUCAAUCGCCGACGCUUCCACGGGCCAGAGCUGUCCAAACGACGAGGCAGACGAGGGAAGGGAUCACGUGGUCUUUGCCAAAAUGUAGAUCGAUGCUCUGAGGCUGAGUUGGUGCAAUGGGCUCCUGAACAGAAGCCCUGUUAGACAAACCAUUCACGGAAAACAGCAACAGCUCAAGGAACAAUGCGUCUUUUCUUUUCUUCUGCUCAAGAAUGCAAAGCAGUAGAGGAAUGCACAUUUUGGGUAAGCUGGACUUGAAACCAGGCACUGGACUAUCAAAACUGAACAUUGCUUUACGGUGUUUUUACAACUUAUCAGCAGACAGACAUUAGCUCUUCGUUAGAGAGGGCAGAUUUAUCCUUGAGACCCUUGUCCGGAAGCAGAGGGCCAUGAAGAAAAGGUGAACAUGGCUCAAUAUCAGCUGCGAAGUCAUGCAAUGCCAUGCAGCAACACACUGUGCAGAGCUAAUCAGACACGUAAAAAUCCCGCAUUGCUCGUAAAUUCAAUCGUGGAGAAAAUGAGAGAACUUUCCAGAGAUGAAGAAUCCUUUCUCAUAUGGUCCUGAAAGGCUGUGUCACUCAAACUGGACCUCUUGUAUUGAUUCAUUUGUACCUGAAGCAACAGACCCUUGCUUUUGUUUCGACGCAGCGCUGCUUUUAGUCUGAGGUAGGGUUCGCGAUACAUUAACAUAUUCUAACCAGCAACCGUCGGCCCAACAACGACCGCCGAUCGCCAAUAUAUUAACGCCAGUAUUUUCAGUUGGGAGACCGGUGCCAGCUGCGAGUUUGCUUCACUCUAAAAGCUCUGUUUGCCUAUUUAGUCUAAUUAAUAAACCACUUGUUCUAGAGAGGCAGACCAAGGGACACAAAUCACUCAAAAUAAGGUGCGACAGCUGCCUAUUGCCGCCACUACAUCCAAUUGCCCAACACUUUCGUUACAUGACUCCCCCCGACAUGCCCGAACGUUUAGACCUUGCAGGAACAGUCUUUGGGAACUUUUGAGUCCUACAAACUAGAUUAGGCUCUUGCAUAGUCAUUCAGAUUAUACAGAUUUCAGUAUUCUUAAAGCUGCAGUACCCUAAAUAUCUGGGUAAGAACAUCUUGAAAUGAUUUACAGAUCACCUCAAAGAGUCCAGCUGACACAACAUGAUCAUGAUUUGUGUUUGCGUCCAAUAAUCUCCCCUCUUUUAGCUCUGUUUUUGGUCUCCUCCAACCUUUCUCUAGCUGCGAAACGCUCCAAUUAGUUCACCAGCAAGUUGUCCGUCUGCCAAUCAAAACUGAGACGUUUCAGCAGAACCUCGUCUCUGAUAUUGCACAAGAGUAAAAUAAUGUUUUAGGAUCUAUUCAACUGUCUGGUUGAGUUUUGACGCUUGGCCAGAAUAUCAAAUAGCACAACAUGUAUCUUUAGCUGAGGUUGUGUGUCCAUGAGAGGCACAGAGAGGGAUGUUGGAUUCAACACCAGACAUGUCAGCGUUUACUGUGUUACUGUGGUAACCAAUCAGAGGGUCAGCUCCACGGAUGAUGCUCUACAAUGUUGUGUAGGCUUUUUUGGGUUGUGUUGAAAAGUGACAACCCUACUUUGUAUAGAUGCUAGCCGGUUGUGUACUAUGCAAGUUAUCAGGACGAUUCACUUUCUGUACGCCGCCUUUUCUUUCUUCCAUAUUGUCGGCAUUUCUUAGUUUUCCCCCCAAUUUUUUAAACGUGUUUUAGAUCAUUGGUGAUGUAUGAUGGCUUCUUUGUUCCAUAGUGUAAUGAAUUGCCACCGUGGUUAGAAGGAGCCAAUCACACACAGUUAUCUUUUAACACUUACCUGAGGUGCAAUCCAUUCAGUAACUGGGAAAGAAACCAGUGGAUCCAAACCCUAAAAUCUAUCUGUUGAGGCAUUAGUAAGGAUGAACACAAAUGGCACCAGGAGAUUGCAGAGCUUCGCCCAGGCUGUGUAUGCACCCCAUUAUUCCAGUCAACCCUAAAUUAAGUGGGUUCUUCCUUGGCCAAUGCUUACCACCAAUUUUAAACCCAAUAGGGACAGUAGUUUUUCCAUAACCUUGCUGUCAGCCAAACCAACUGAAUUGACCUCCAUGCGCAAGGUUACAACCAAUGGAUCCAUCCAUCACCCUGACCUCCUGACCUUUACCUUAAUAAAGCUACUCCCUGUAAUGCAACCUGACAUUGGCCUGAAAAAAGCCUUAGCGAUGUUUGUUUUAGAUUAACAUAAUUCUUAGGGAUAAUCGCAAGUAAGAGAUGUAGAGACUAAGAUGAUUGGCCCAUACUGAAGCACACUGCGGUCAUCUUUCACAUAUCUAUUUAGGAAAUGUGAGUAAUUGGAUGUUUAAGGCAACCGAUUGAGCAACAAAUAUAAUCAAGAGAACAUCCUCUUCCUCACUUUGUAGGCUUGGUUAUUUAUAUUCAGCAUGAACAACGUGAGACAAGUUAGAUAUUACGCAAAACUAAAAUGAAACACACACAGAGUCCAGUUUUGACAUAUUCAUUUUGAUAUAUCCGUUAUUUUCUGGCUCUUUUGGUUGGGGUCUCUCUUCCUUCUUGGGUCCUGAAGGGUUAGGGUUGGGGUCUGAAUGUUCUUCACAUCCAUCAUGUGUGUUAAUGAGUUAAAUACUCAGUGAUGUUUGGUGCCGUGUUGUUUUUUACGGGGGGUUGUUGAUAAUAUCCACUCAUUGUAAUCAGGAAUUGACAUAUGGACAGGGCAGUUAUUUUAUUGAGAGCGUCAGAUGAUUUCUGAAUAUCAUAUCUACCGUGUGUUUUACUCCAAUGAGACAACAGCAACAACAUAUUUGUGUGGCAUUCCCGCUGCGUUUCACACUGUCUGUUGUCUUUGUUGUCUCCUGUUUCAUUCCGCAAUGAGACGUCUAUGACUUGAACGUGAUAUUUCAGGACUUUGACAUAAAGGAUUGUUGGCUUUGAAGGGUAAGCAAAGUAUUUAGUAAAACUGCUAAUUAUUUUCUGACUUUACACAGUUUAAAGGCAGUAAGUUUUAUUUCCCUCCUCUGUUGUUAUUUUUGUAAUAUAGAACAUCAGUCGGUAUCAGGUAACAUUUUUCCAGAUUGUAUUUUGAGCGUUUUGAUCGAUAUCAAUGAGGCUGGCUCCAUUCAUAUCAACCUUUCUGUAGAGAUCGCUGUAUGAACGGUAACACAUAUUAAAACCACGUAUGCUAUAGAUUAACAAAUAUGUUUUAAACAUCCAAUACUUGAAGGAAAAUAUCUACUCUGUAUUUAUUUAAUCAUUUAGUCAUUAAAGUGAAUUAAAGUUAUCGAUUUGAAAAGUGAA